AUGAUGAAGAAAGCCUCAGCUGACAUAUUGCCUGAAUGUCUCAUUGGAAAAAUUGUGUCUUACCUAAGUUUUAAAGAAGCAGCCAAGAUGAGCAUUCUCUCGAAAACAUGGCUAAGAUCGUGGUUCAUGCAUCCCAACAUUGACUUCAAAUAUCUUUAUAAUGGACGCAAUUUGGAAUUGGAAAUAGUGGAUACAAUCAUGGACCGAUAUAGGGACGGAAAAAUUCCGAUUGAUAAGUUUGAAUUAUCAUACUCUGAUUUUUCUCUAAUUUCCCAACAUAUUGAUAAGUGGCUUGACAUUGCGCUUCAGAAUGGCAUAAAGUAUCUCUUCUUUGAAGUUCAUAACUUUUCAUUGCCUAUUUUCACAAUCUUGGCAGCAAAAUCUUUAACAGAAUUGAUUGUGGACUGGUGUACUCUUAUGCCUGUUUCGUUUUCUAGCGUGACGAAUUGCAAUUCUUUGAGAAAGCUUUCUCUAACCCAUGUCAAAUUAGAUGAAAACAUGCUACAAACUCUACUUAAUUGUUGUCCUUUGAUUGUCAGUUUCAUCUUUCAUUAUUGUUGGGGGUUCAAAAAGAUUGAGUUGUUGAAUCUUCAAAAGAUCAAGUCAGUUUCCAUUAAGUACUUAAAGAUUCAAAAUUGUGAGGAUAUAGAGGAGAUUGAUUCUUCAAAUUUGGAGUCACUUGAGUAUAUGGGAUAUAAAAUUCCUAAACUAAAAAUUGCAAGACAAUUGAAGCACUUGAAAAUCAAUCUUCAGUGCUUUAGCAGUUUAAAAGCUGCAUGGUUCUGUAACUUGAGAAAGUUACUAUCAAAUUCGAUCUCUUGCCCUGAAAUUUCCCUUGAUUUUUCCCAAUGCAAUGGGAUCAACUUGACAGAUUUGAGACUGCACCAAGAAGUUGCUACCCCCAAAGUCGACGUUUUAAAUGUCAAUUGUACAUGGAGUAAUGGGGAGUAUGCCAAUUCUACUUCUACAUGGAUGAAUGGACAGUGCCGAACGUUUCUGGAUGCUUUGCUAUGGAGUUGUCAUCCUAGGAGACUCAACAUACAAUCAACAAGUGCAACAUUUAAAUGCUUCAUUAAUAGUUUGAUAUAUAUGAAGAAUAUUAGUAAGUACUCUCACUGGCAUUGUCAAUUACGAUUAAAAAGAGCACAAGUCUACAUAUUUGAUGAUAAUACAAGUCAGAGUUGGCAACCGGUAGAACUCAAUAGAGAAGAGCUCUCAAUAAGGUCCAAUUGUAAGUGGAAGAUGGUGAACUAUUAUUUUUUAUUAGAUUGGUGA